AUGGAGGUGAGUAAGCGAAUUCCGGGAGGCAGCCCAAGAGAAGAAGAAGAAGAAGAAGAAGAAGAAGAAGAAGAAGAAGAAGAAGAAGAAGAAGAAGAAGUGAUUGCUGGAAAAACGAAGUUAUUAAGAUGCACAUUAAAUGUGCAGUUCCUGUUCAACAACCAACUUCAUAGACAAGUAGACGGCAUUGCUAUGGGCUCACCCCUUGGACCUCUCCUAGCCGAUGUCUUCAUGGGAAAAUUGGAGAGAUUCCAACCAAGCGAACAGAUCGAUAAGCUUAAACAUUACGGUCGCUAUGUUGACGAUAUCUUUGCCAUUGCCACUGCAGAAACCGAUGUAGCAACCCUCUUAGAUGCGGCAAAUCAGGCACAUCCGUCGAUCAAAUUCACGCUGGAGAUGGAAACGGCCGGUUCGCUCCCUUUCUUAGAUGUUCUUCUAAGCAGGAGACCUGACGGGAGUGUCCGAAGAAGCGUCUAUCGGAAGAAAACCUGGUCUGGACAAUACACGAACUUCGCCAGUUUCGUACCCCUCCAACAAAAACGAAAUCUAGUCCGAUGUUUGGCGCAAAGGGCUAGAAAAAUUUGCUCAACAGAUAGCAUCGAGGAGGAGCUCAGAAAAAUCCAGGACUUGCUUCGCGAAAACGGGUAUCCCGACAGCUUCAUUGCAAAGAACCUUGCCGAACGACCCACAAAACCCACCACACUGACCGCCGAAAAGAAGACUUUGUUCCUCAAGGUCCCUUUCCAAGGGGACGCCGCGAGUGAACUCCUACAGAGACGCCUUGAUCAAGCUGUCUCGCGAACCUUCCCAGCAGCAAGAGUUCAAAUAGCAUUCUCUACUAACCCGAUUUUACGCGGAGAAGGUAAGGAUUAG